AUGACAGUGGUGAGCAGGACGGGAAAUGCUGGCCAGGCAGAGUCUAGAGUUCUGGAGCCUGGUGCAGACGAUGGACAGGAGGUGGCAGCAAUGGUGGUGCUCCGUGCAGUCAAGUGCAGCAGUAACCCUAUCUCCUCCCAGGCUCCUGAGAAGCAGCACAGCAAUGGGAGCUGGCUGGUGACAGAGUUCGUGCUGGAGGGAUUCUCCAACCUCCCCGAGCUGAGGCCCACUCUCUUCACCUUGUUCCUCCUCACCUAUCUGGUCACGCUCAGUGGCAACGCCACCAUCAUCACCAUCAUCCAGGUGGACCGCACCCUCCACACGCCCAUGUACCGCUUCCUGGCUGUGCUCUCUCUCUCUGAGACCUGCUACACACUGGUCACCAUCCCCAACAUGCUGGCUCAUCUGCUGAUGGAGAGCCAGGCCAUCCCCAUUGCGGGCUGUCGGGCCCAGAUGUUCUUCUUCCUGGGCUUGGGUUGCAGCCACUGUUUCCUCCUCACACUGAUGGGUUAUGACAGGUAUGUGGCCAUCUGCCAUCCCUUGCGCUACUCCGUGAUCAUGAGACCCACCGUCUGCCUGAGUCUGGGAGCCUUGGUUUUCUGCUCUGGUUUCUCGGUGGCCUUGAUCGAGACCUGCCUGAUCUUCUCCUCGCCCUUCUGCGGCACGGGCCACGUGGAGCACUUCUUCUGUGACAUCGCGCCUGUGCUGAAGCUCAGCUGUGCAGAGAGCUCUGGCAAGGCGCUUGCCAUCUUCUUCCUGAGCAUCCUCGUGGUGCUGGUCUCCUUCCUCCUCAUCCUCCUGUCCUACGCCUUCAUCGUGGCAGCCAUCGUGAGGAUCCCAUCUGCGGCUGGCAGGCACAAAGCCUUCUCCACCUGCGCAGCCCACCUCACUGUGGUUAUAGUGCAUUUUGGCUGCGCCUCCAUCAUCUACCUGCGGCCAGACUCUGGGGCGAACCCCUCCCAGGACCGCCUGGUGGCUGUGUUCUACACGGUGGUGACGCCUCUGCUGAACCCUGUGGUGUACACCCUGAGGAACAAAGAGGUGAGGGUAGCCCUGAAGAAGAGCCUGGGGAGGAGCGGUGGGCUCUGCUUGCAUUAA